CCUCCCUCCCUGCUCUUAUUUAUGAAUGGCAGAAUUUGACAAGGGGACAGCUCAGGUGGGUAGCUGCCGAUCACAUGAUACCAAAGAGCUAAGAGAGGAAUGUGGGCAGGACUCCCUCUCACUCACUCACAACUCGGGGGAAAAAAACUUUGAUGCCCCAUAUCAUAACGAAUACCCUAUCUGCCCCCUCCCUCCUCAAGCCCUCAUAUGUGCAGCGAUGCCGAGGAGGGGAACGGGUGCUGCAGUGGAAGAGGCUGGGGGGGGCACAGAUAGUGGCUGCGUUUGAUCUGAAGGUCGCCAGCCCCUUGCUGGUGUUGAGAGAUCCUUGGCGGACGAGGCUGGCUCUUAUUUAAUAACAUGAAGGGGAAGCGGACCUUUCUCUCAUAAUUAGGCCUAAUUACCCAGUAGGUGUGGACAGACGGCCCAAGAAGAGACAAACUGCCUUUAUCCACGGACUUAGAGUCAGAUUACCCAGAGCUGUCUUAUCUGUUGCAGGGCCAGCAGGAGCCUCCAUCCUCCUCUCCUGCCUCUUCCCACUGGCUCCCAUGUCCAGCUCAGUAGCUGUAAGGUUGGGGUCUCCUAUUAUCCACACAUUGAUCACAUGAACCAGGGAUGUCUCGUCCCGCUCCGUCCCCCAUCUACACCCUGAGGGGGGCUGGUGGGCCACUCAACACCCUGCACUUUAGCUGCCUUGGAGGGGACACUCCCCUUCUAUUUUCUGGGUCAGGGAGUGGUGCCAUCCAUAUCUGGAACCUGAACAGCAGGAGGGCUGAGAAGAUUGUAGAAGGUCAUUCUGGUAGCUCGGUCAUUUGGGUCAACUCUCUGCAGUCGAAAGAUGCCCUCAUCAGUCAGGGACGGGACAUGCAGGUGUGUUUGUGGGACCUGGGAGAAGGUCGCAGUGAGCUAGUGGACUCGGUGUGGACCGACAGCGUUGGAUUCUGUCAGUGCUCCCUGUUGGAGUCGAGCCCUGGAAACUACCUGCUGGCGUUUGCUGGAAAACAGACAGAAGAGAUAAAGAUUAUUGAGCUGCCCAGUAAGACUCCAGUCUGCACCCUGGUCCCAGACGCUAAGCUGGGGAUGGUCAUGUGUAUCAAACUGUGGCAGCCAGAAUCGGGUCCCGGACCUCUCCUGUUGGCUGGAUACGAGGACGGCUCCCUGUUGCUGUGGGACGUAACCCAGAGGUCUAAGCUGAGCCAAGCCAAAGCCCACCCUGAACCCGUCAUGUGCCUGACCUUUGACACCAAGCGUCUGAGAGGCAUAUCAGGCUCCUCUGAGAAGAAGCUCACUUCCUGGACGCUGGACACACAGACCAACCUGCAGCUCCAGGACUGUGUGACGCUGGUGAACCCUGGGGUUUCCCACCUGUGCAUCAGGGACGACGGCAAGCUUCUGGCGUCAGCGGGCUGGGACACCAGAGUGCGGGUCUUUGGCUGGAAGAAGCUGCGGCCGCUGGCAGUGCUUCAAUACCACACUGACAUGGUGUUGAGCGUGGCCUUCUCAAACCACCAGGAUCCCAGACAGAGACUGCUGGCUGCUGGAUCCAAGGACCAGAGGAUCAGCCUGUGGUCAAUAUACAACGAAGGAGCUGACAACAGCUGAACCUCUGACACCUGGGAGGACACACAGACUUUCUCUCAAACCUUCUUAUCUGGCGUCUGCCCUGAUGCAAUGUGAUGCAACGGCUGCUCCAUAUUUUCGACAUUCUUGUAGUCAAAACUCUUUCUGCUUCAUGGUAAAAACCUGUUUCCCAACUUGCACCACAAAGAGGACUUUUCUGUUAUUCACCCUCAUUGAUAGAAAAGGGGUGGAGUUCAAUGCAACAACACCACAUCUCUUUAAUACUGCUUUAUAAAAUUCAAUCUGAACAUUAAACCCUUCAUGAAGUUAGGAUUUAAAGCAGAUCUAUAUUAUACUGCGUUAGAUUUUUUCACGGUCAUCUAAUCAACUGAUAAAUAACUUCUGGGAGCAACGGAUAACAUUUUGAGGUGUCCGGUGUAGAGAGUGGAUAUCCGGUCCAAGACGGCUGUACACUGUUUACAGUCUGAUGAGUCCACAGGAGUUGAACGUUUCUCCACACCAAACCAAAUUAAAUAACUUUUUGUAGAUGUUUUAAAGAACCAGACAACCUUUUGGCAAAUCUCAAUUAACAACUACCUGCAUAUGAAUGCAGAUAAAUUAAAAAGCUGAUGCAUUUCAGUCGAUGUUUUUCGCCUCUUUUACCUUUGGGCAACCAAAGCCUGCUCAAAUGUGAUUGGUCAAACUAGACACAGAAACCAGAAGGCUUCUGGACCAUAAAUCACCUACAGUUUGUUCAUAUAAGCAGAAUCUGUUUAUAGAGAUCAUAUAAACUGGUAACUGUCUUUGAAAGAUGCAUUGUGAUUAGGCAGUAAACAUGAAGUUGUAAAAAUGAAGACUGCAUUCUAUAUCAAGGCUGUAUCGUGUCAUAAUCCAGUAUUUUACAUUUAAAUUUAGCCUUUUACAGCUGCACAUCCAUUCUUGUGUUGUUAAUCCUGUUGAAACGGCUGCGGUCUUUUCAAAUAGUUAAUUAGGCUCCUGCAAAGUUGUUCAGCCCACUGUUUUCUAAAGGCUGAUGCGAUGCCCUGUGCAGCUAAAGUGAUUGUGUUGACUUAUCUGAUGGGAGAUUUGCUCCAGUGGACUUGAAUUUGAGGUGUACAACGCACCUGAGCGGCUAUGUAAUCCCGUGUUGUUAUUCUAGCAGGUCUUAGUUUAACACACAGGCGCUGCAGCCUGACCUGAGCUGUAUUUGUUUAACAAGGUUAAUCACAGCAGGGGUAGAGAAUAGAGGGAUGUUGUUUUAGUAAAGGUGCUCAUCUGCAGUUGGUGUUAUCUGUUUAUGAGCUGAUUUGUUUUUUUUAUUUACUUUAUAAAUCUUUUAAAAAAUUUGAAAAACAGAGAAGAAUGUACUCCUAACUUUCCACAAGUGACAUGUGGAAGAAUCUGUAUUUUAACAUAUUUUAUUGUAGACUGGUCGGACUCUAUCAAUAUGCUGGAUAAUGAUGCAUUUACUAUACAUGUUAUGCCAAAUACAGAUGUCUUUUUAAGAAACGGACGUUUGUCAAGAAAGAGGCCAGGGGUCUUGUUAUGAAAGUCCCAGAGAAAUAUAGAGGUGAUGUUUUUCUGUC